AUGUCUUUGGGUUACGCUGAGAAGCUCUCCUACAUUGAAGAUGUGGGUAGUGUUGGAAUGGCAGAAUUUUUCGACCCGUCAAGUGUUCUGCAAGAGAAAAUUGAACAACUGGCCAAGAUGAUACAAGAGAGUAAGCAUCUGGUGGUAUUCACAGGAGCAGGAAUUUCAACUUCUUGCGGGAUACCAGAUUUUCGAGGGCCAAAGGGAAUUUGGACAUUGCAGCGGGAAGGAAAAGCUCUUCCUGAAGCAUCACUACCGUUUCAUAGAGCAAUGCCCAGCAUUACACAUAUGGCAUUGGUUGAACUUGAGAAAGCUGGCAUUUUAAAGUUUGUUAUUAGUCAGAAUGUUGAUGGCCUUCAUCUGCGGUCGGGAAUACCAAGAGAAAAACUCUCUGAGCUGCAUGGUGACUCUUUCAUGGAAUCUUGCCCUUCAUGUGGAAUUGAGUACCUGCGAGACUUUGAAGUAGAAACUAUAGGACUGAAGGAGACAUCACGGCGUUGCUCUGAUCUGAAAUGCGGAGCGAAACUUAAGGAUACCGUGCUUGAUUGGGAGGAUGCAUUGCCUGACAAAGAGAUGCUUCCUGCUGAGAAGCAUUGUAGGAUGGCCGACGUUGUGUUAUGUUUGGGAACGAGUCUGCAGAUCACCCCAGCAUGCAACCUGCCUCUGAAAUGUCUCCGUGGUGGUGGGAAAAUUGUAAUAGUGAAUCUUCAGAAAACUCCGAAGGACAAGAAGGCAUGUUUGGUGAUCCAUGGAUUAGUGGAUAAGGUUAUCACAGGAGUUGUGGAAUCCCUGCGAAUGCGAAUUCCUCCAUUUGUUAGGAUGGACGAGUUCCAGAUCAUCAUGACUCAGUCCUCGAGUGCAGAUAAGAAAUUCGUUAACUGGACUAUGCGGGUUGCAAGUGUACAUGGAGUCAAAGCACAAUUGCCAUUCAUCCAGUCCAUCGAGGUUUCAUUUUCAGAUUCCCAGAAAUACAAAGCAGCUGUGCUAGAUCAACAGCCAUUUAACCUGAAAAGAAGGACUUUGACAGGAGAGUCAUUCGAGAUUCUGCUGAAAAUCAACUUGAGCGAUGGAUGUGGCUGCCUGAGCACUGAAAUCAAUAUCCCCUUUGGUCUUAAUAAGGGCUCAACCGAUUGCUUGGACCUCGAAAAGGAUGCUAUAAUCCAGAGUAUGAAGGAGAAGGCAAUUCAAAAUUCAAGCUGUGGGCAGACAGCAGUUGUCGAAAGGAGGAGCAUGUCAGAACCUACAGCUGAGGUCACAGUCUAUGGCAUUGUGACCAACAUCAAGGCAUUCAACUCUGAGUCGUUGAGCAAUGGCGAUGUUAAGACGGUAAGGGAAUUUGCUACCAAUGCUAUCGGAGCAGUAACGAAGCCGCGAUCUUCGAACAGUCGGAAGAGGAAGUCAAGGGUUCAAUGA